AGUCGUGAACUUGACCUUAGCCGGUUAAGUUCAGAAAUAACAUUUUUGCUGUGUCGUUUACAAUUUUUGAUAUUUCAUUUUCACAUACCUAACGCGAUCUUUGAUUUUAUGUCAUUGUGGAGGUGCUGUAAAUUUUGUUGACUGUAACAUUCUUAUAAUUUGACACUGUAUAUCAGUGUUUUCGCUACUAUUGGUUCAAAAACAAUUCAAAUAUCCACUGAUUAUAAUUCAAUGGGUCUAAAAAUGUUGUUAAAAGGAAACUGUAUUCGUGUUUUUGAGUUCACUCGCUUUAGUACGUGUAGAUUUAUUUGUUCCGGGCGAUCAAAUGAUGCAGAAUUUUCAGUUAGUAAUGUUCGUACCGUGCAAAAUUUUAAUGAUAUACCAAUAGCGAGACGUUUACCGAUUAUUGGAACUAAAAUGGAUUUUCUAUUGACUGGCUUCGGAACGAGAUUUCACGAGUACAUCGAUAAUCGGCAUCGAACAUUGGGUUCCAUUUUUCGGGAACCAGUUGGAGGAGGAACGGAAGUGAUAUUCAUAAAUUCUCCAGAUAUGAUGCGAGAAAUGUUUGUGUAUGAAGGUAAAUAUCCAAAACAUCCGCUGCCAGACGCCUGGACUCUCUACAACGAAAUCCAUAACUGCAAACGUGGAUUAUUUUUCAUGGACGACGAGGAAUGGUCGGCCAACAGAAAGAUAAUGAAUACAAUGCUAUUGAGGAACGACUUUAAGUUAGCACAUCGAGUCAUCGAAAAUGUUAGUGACGAUUUAAUUACGGAUUGGAAUCGAAAUACUGAAAACGUUGGCAAGUGCAUGCAGGUAACCGAACUAAUGGCAGUAUUGUAUACGUGGGCAAUAAAAGUCUUAGUGUUCACAAUGAUUGGAGAUACACACGGAACUGAAGUCGACAAAAUCAAUCAAUUAUUACCAAAAUUCUCCGGAAUUGUACAGGACAUAUUUGAACGUACAGCGCCGUUAAUGGUCGUUCCACCGUCAUUUGCACAAAAAUACAACCUGAAUAUUUGGUCCGAAUUUGAGAAGAGUGUCACAUCAACGCUUGAAAUUGCCAAUGAAAUUGUUGAGGUUGGAUUAAAGAUGAACGGCAAUGGUUUACUGAAAGAAAUGCAAUCCAAUAGCAUGUCCACCGAAACGAUCAAGAGAAUUUUCGUUGAUCUAAUUAUUGCAGCUGGUGAUACGACGGCGUACACAACUCAAUGGGCAUUAUUCCUAUUAAGCUCUAACAAUUCGGAACAGUCAAAGAUACGGGCUCAGUUAAACAGCAGUAACUUCGAAACACCGUUAAUUCGUGGCACGGUUAAAGAAAGCUUGCGACUCUUUCCUGUUGCUACAUUUAUUGGCCGAAUUCUACCCGGUGAUGGAAUAAUAGGAAAUUAUCGCAUCCCUCAGCACACAGCCGUCAUUGCAUCCAUGUACUCGAUUGGUCGAGAUGCCAAAAAUUUCCCAAAUCCAAACGAAUUCCAACCAUCAAGAUGGCUUCGAGAUAGCAGCGGUAAUAUGCAAUGUGUACAUCGAACUAAUAUGCCGUAUGCGAUGGGUAUCCGAUCAUGUGUGGGUCAGAAAUUGGCCAAUUCCAUGAUGCAUAUUUUACUGUCGAAGAUCUUGGCAAAUUUCGAAGUAAAAUUGCUGAACAAAAGUCCAGUCGGCGUUGUUAUGCGGCUAAUUGCUGUUCCCACCCAACCGAUUUUGUUGGGAAUUAAACGAUUGUCUUAAACAACGUAACAGAUUCACCGCGCUGACUGUUUGUAAAUGGCAAAGUGCAUUCAAUAAAAAUGAGGAUAUUGUGCAGCAUCACCUUCACGAUAUGGGUCAUUCAUUUUACUCAGCAUCCAAUGGAUCUCUGCGCCACACAAAGUUCUCAUUGAAAGGGCGAAAAAUAUUUAAAAUCUAAUUUAUAUUCGACGAUGCUUUUAUCUCAUAAAAUUGGUGCUAUACGUGAAGUUUGUAUGAUUUAUAUUGGUUUGUACAGUUAUGUAUGGUUUGGUAUUUAUAUGCAUGUAAGAAGAAGCACAUAUAAGUCAAGUCAUACACAAAGUAAAGAAUGGUGCGGUAUCAGGUGCAGAUAAUGUCUAAUACAGGCACUUAAGUUGUUAAAUGUAAUGGUAAAAUAUAUUUUGAAACCAUAUUCUCGCCACAUAUAAGAAAGGAAAAUUUUUAUUAUAAAUAAUAAAAAGCUGAUGAACUUGAA